CGAGGGGGACAAGAAAAAUCAUUUAUGUUCCUGAUCGAAAUGCAAGUCGCGUUAGUGUAUAUUUUGUGUUUCAUCGGGUUGGCUAAGGCCGACAUCGAUUGGAACACAGUUUUCCCCAACCACCUGCUGAAUAUUUCUCACAGCAGGGCUCCUCAUGGUAUUCCAAGUCCGAGAAUCACAGGUGGAGUAGAAGCUGUUCCCAACUCGAUUCCAUACCAGGUAGCUCUCUUUAUUCCUGUCAGCGUGGGCACUGGCUUUUGUGGCGGUUCACUAAUCGCACCGCAAACGGUUCUUACAGCAGCCCAUUGCGUUGACGAGGCAGUUGGGCCGGUGUUAGUGAUCCUUGGGGCGCACCGCGUUCGUGACCUGGAACCCACUCAAGUGAGGGUUUCUACUUCCAGUAUCUACAUUCACCCAAAGUGGUCCAGGCUUCUUCUUCGCAAUGAUAUCGCUUUGAUACGGUUACCUUCGCCAGUGGUACUCAACAAUGCCAUACAAAUCGUAUCUCUCGCCGGUGACACCUCCAACAGUUUUGAGGGCCACGAAGCUCGCGUCAGCGGCUGGGGUUUGGAAUCUGAUGAAUCCACCGCCAUCUCCGAAGUUCUGAGACAGGUCAACAUACCCGUCAUAUCCAACACUGUGUGCAACGUCGCGUACUUGGGUGUGAUUCAGGAAACCCACAUCUGCGCUUCUGGACUUGGUGGAAAGUCCACUUGCAGCGGGGACUCUGGUGGACCACUGGUGAUAGGUGGUGUGCAGGUUGGAAUUGUUUCAUUUGGUUUGGGCCUAGGGUGUGAGAUUGGAUGGCCACCAGUAUUUACCCGUGUCACAAGUUUCAUCGAAUGGAUUAGAGGGAACAUCACGUUAGCAGGUGUGAAAAUGAAAGCUUUUAAUGUGCCCGGGAUAACAUUUGUUAUUAUUAGUGUAUCACUGUCACUAUGGGGGGAUGUGCUUGGAAAACACAUUUCAAAAAGCGAGAAAGCAGAGUCCAAAGAGCGGAAUGGAAGAAGAGCCAACGGAGAUGAAGCCAAACCACAUUCUUUGCCGUAUAUGGCAGCUAUUCACACCAUUACAAGCGACAAAGCUGUGUUGUGUGGAGGAACCUUGAUAUCGGAUUCUAUAGUGAUGACAGCAGCGAGAUGUGUUAGCGGGACAACAGAGGCUGAGGUUAUCCUAGGUGCCCACAAUAUCGACGAAGAAGAAGACACCCAAGUGGUAAUCAAUUCUUCAGAAUUCGUUAUUCAUCCUAACUAUACAGACGAUAGCAACCUACACGACAUAGCUCUUAUCCAACUACCUACAUCUGUGACUCUGAAUGAGAACAUCGCACUCGUUGCUCUGCCCACAUUGGACGACGCCAACUACGACGACGCACUUGGGUUCGUAGCCGGUUGGGGGAAGACUACAGACACGACAUACAGCAGCGUGCUGCAAGUUAUAAAUGUCACCAUCAUUCCAACGACUGCCUGCGAGGUGUCCCUCGCGUUCGACCAGAUAUGCACCAAAAGGGUUGAAGAGAAGAGUAUUUGCCUUGGGGAUUCUGGAAGUCCUCUAGUGGUGGAUAGAGUGCAGGUUGGAAUUGUAUCUUACGGAAGUAAUCUUGGAUGUGCGGUUGGUCUACCUGGUGUUUAUACGAGAAUUGCCAGAUACUUGAGUUGGUUGUACAAAAACAUUGAAGGUUAGAAAGAGAAGACUGAAUAAUUGUAUGAAAAAUUGAGUUGUAUGUGAAAUAUAUGAAAAUUAAA